AUGAGAAGAAACCAAACAAUUGAAGAGCAGCUUUCUCCAGCUGCUUCUGCCAUGCAAUUCGGGAUUUCUGGGCGAGGAGAGCGCAGAACUGGUGGUCUUCACUCCACAAAACCAGCAAUGCACGCAGCACAAACCUCCUUUUGUUCGCGAUCUCCGGCAGGAAGCUCCAGGGAACAGCCCCAGGAGACACGGGCACAGCUGGGCACCCAAUCCCCAGCGGCGCUGAGGGAACAAAGGCCAGAUUUUAGCGCCCCAAGGCAGAAUUUCUGGCCAGCACCGUGCGAGCCCCGGCUCCCGGGGCGGCAUCUCCCGGGAGCCGCUCCCGCCUCCCCGCCCCGCCCCGCAUCGGCGCUCGGCUGCUCGGGCCUGGCUCGCUGCGCUCGGCGCUCGGCCGGGGGCGGGGCGCGCCGCCUCACGCUCUCCCGCACCCCCGCCCGCCCGCCGCUUCCGCCGCCGCGGCCCCGCGCCGCCCCGCCGGCCAUGUCGCGGGGCUCCCGCCUGGCGCUGGCCGUCUCCGCGCUGCUCUCCGCCGCCAUCGUGGCGGCCGUGCACAUCCAGCAGCGCCGGGAGCUGGAGAGGCUGCGAAGUGGCGUUGUCAGAGAUCUUGAGCGUCAGAAGCAGAAAAAGGAGAACAUUCGCCUGUUAGAAGAGCAGAUUGCUCUGACAAAGCAGCUCACUGAAGAGAGAGACAAGGCGCUAAUGGAAAAACGUUCCCAGCAGUCCUAGG